GUUCGCGGGCUUGAUCGGCCGCUGGCUGGACGAGCUCCGCCGCCGCGCCGCGCCGUGCCUGGCCCCCCGGCGCCGCUCUCCGCCCGCUUCGGCAGCCCCCUCCGCGGCCGGUCCUUUGUGCCGCCAUGGGGUGGGCGAGGAGACCCCCCGGGCUCCCCCUCGCCUGCGUUUUCCUGCUGGCAUCCUGGCUGGGCAGCGGCCGCGCGGGCUGUCCGGAGCGGGAGCUGGAGUCGAGGGAGGAGGCGGCCAACGUGGUGCUCACCGGGACGGUGGAGGAGAUCAUGAACGUGGACCCCGUGCACCAGACCUACUCCUGCAAGGUGAGAGUCUGGAGGUAUUUGAAAGGCAAAGAGGUCGUGACCCACGAGAACCUCUUGGACGGUGGAAAUAAAGUGGUGAUUGGAGGGUUUGGGGACCCCUUGAUCUGCGACAACCAGGUUUCCACGGGGGACACGCGGAUUUUCUUUGUCAACCCAGCGCCACACUAUAUGUGGCCCGCUCACAAGAAUGAACUGAUGCUCAACUCAAGCCUGAUGCGGAUUACCCUGCGCAAUUUGGAAGAAGUGGAGCACUGUGUGGAAGAACGCAGGAGGCUCCUUGCCGACAAACCGGUGAACUACUUCCCACAGCCUCAGGAUGUGUGCCGAGGGAUGCUCUGCGGGUUCGGAGCCGUGUGCGAGCGGAGCCCCACAGACUCCUCGCAGGGCCUGUGCGUGUGCAGAAAGACCACGUGCCCCUCGGUGGUGGCCCCCGUUUGCGGCUCCGACUAUUCCACCUACAGCAACGAGUGCGAGUUGGAGAAGGCGCAGUGCCACCAGCAACGCCGGAUCAAAGUCAUCAGUAGAGGGGCAUGCGGUUCGAAGGACCCUUGUGCCGAGGUGACCUGCAGCUUUGGCAGCACUUGCGCCCGUUCCACAGACGGGCAGUCGGCCAAAUGCAUCUGCCCGUCCUCCUGCAGCGGCGCCGCGGAGAAUUACGUGUGUGGCAGCGACGGCAAAGAUUACCGCAGCGAGUGCCACCUGAACAGGCACGCCUGCGACAAGCAGGAGAACAUCUUCAAGAAGUUCGACGGGCUCUGUGACCCUUGCAAAAGCACCCACAACGACAUGAACCGAGUCUGCCGGGUCAACCCCCGGACUCGGCGAGCUGAGCUUCUGCCGCGGCCGGAGAGCUGCCCCCUGAAGCGGGACCUCGUGUGCGGUGACGAUGGGACCACCUACGAGAGCGACUGCGUCCUGGUGAGGUCAGCGGCCAUCCGGGGAAUCGAGGUCCAGAAGGUGCGGUCGGGACCAUGUCAGCCUCAGGACAAGUGCCUGGAUGAGUGCCGCUUCAACAGCGUGUGCCUCAACCGCCGGGGAGCCGCCCGCUGCUCGUGCGAGCGCGUCGUCUGCGAUGGCUCCUACCGGCCCCUCUGCGGGCGGGACAGCCGGACCUACGCGAACGACUGCGAGCGCCAGAAGGCCGAGUGCCACCAGCGGGCCGCCAUCCCCGUCAAGCACCCGGGCCCUUGUGAUCUGGGCACGCCUAGCCCCUGCCUGAGCGUCGAGUGCACAUUCGGAGCCACCUGCGUGGUGAAGAACCAGGAGGCCGUGUGCGAAUGCCAGCAGAUGUGCCAGAGCGUCUACGACCCGGUCUGCGGCAGCGACGGCCUCACGUACGGCAACCCCUGCGAGCUGGCUGCGAUGGCUUGUGCCCUGAGGAAGGAGAUCCGGGUGAAGCACAAGGGCGCUUGCGACCGUUGUGGAAAGUGUCAGUUUGGUGCCAUCUGCGAGGCAGAGACGGGGCGGUGCGUGUGCCCCACCGAAUGCGUCCCCUCCUCUCAACCCGUCUGCGGCACGGACGGGAACACCUAUGGGAACGAGUGCGAACUCCACGUACGGGCCUGCACGCAGCAGACCAGAAUUGAGGUGGCGGCGCAAGGCGAUUGUCAAACCUGUGGGGCUGCGGUGUGCUCCUUUGGGGCCAAGUGCGUGGGUGGACAGUGCGUCUGCCCCCGCUGUGAGAAGCAGCCCCUGGCGCAAGUGUGCGGGAGCAACGGCGUCACGUACAACAACUUGUGUGAGCUCCGGCGGGCAGCUUGCCAACAGAAGAAAGAUGUCGAGGUGUCCAGGACGGGGCCUUGCGAGGAGGAAUGCAGCUCGGGAGGAGAAUCUGGCUCAGGGGACCUGAACGAGUGUGACCGGGACAGCUGCCGGCAGUACGGCGGCUCGUGGGACGAGGACGUGGAAGACGACCGCUGCGUGUGUGACUACACCUGCGGGGCCGUGCCGAGAAACCCGGUGUGCGGCUCCGACGGAGUGACCUACACCAACGAGUGCGAACUGAAAAAGACCCGCUGUGAGAAGCGCCAGGAUAUCCACGUGAUGAGUCAGGGAGCCUGCCGAGGUGUUGCGACGCUUCCACCUCUCCCGGAAGUCCUGCAUUGCAGCCAGACAGUGUACGGGUGCUGCCCAGACAACGUGACCUUGGCUCUCGGAGUCGGCUCUGCUGGCUGCCCCAGCACCUGUCACUGCAACCCCUACGGCUCCUACGGAGGAGGCUGCGACCCUUCCACGGGGCAGUGCUCCUGCAAGCCGGGCGUCGGGGGACUGAAGUGCGACCGCUGCGAGCCCGGCUUCUGGAACUUCCGGGGCAUCGUCACGGACAAGAAGAGCGGGUGCACCCCUUGCCAUUGCGACUCCGUGGGCUCCGUCCGUGACGACUGUGAGCAGAUGACUGGUUUGUGUUCCUGUAAGACGGGCAUCACCGGCAUGAAGUGCAACCAGUGCCCCAACGGCAGCGAACUGGGGGUGUCCGGCUGCGAGAAAGACCCGUCAGCGCCAGCAUCCUGCGCCGAGAUGGCGUGCGAGUUCGGGGCUUCGUGCCUGGAAGUCAACGGCGUUGCGCACUGCGAGUGCCCGUCCCCGCUCUGCACAGAGGCCAACAUGAGCAAGGUCUGUGGCUCCGAUGGCGUGACCUACGGUGACCAGUGCCAGCUGAGGACGAUCGCUUGCCGGCAAGGGCAGGUCAUAGAAGUGAAGCAUUUCGGCCAGUGCCAAGAGUCCAUCACACAUGCCGGCCACCCCCCCACGGCGCCCACAACCACGCGGCCCUUGGACUCCCUUCUCCUCCCUCCGCCGCCACGGACCACCCCGCAGGCACCAGAGGUGGCCAAGACGGCGAGCAGCUCCUGGCAUUUGGAGGACAAGGCUUCCCGUCCGGUCCACCCGGCCACGAGGAGGGUCACCGCCCCGCCUCACCCGGCCACCACGGCCUGGACGACACACGGCGUCGGCCAGACCACCGUGCGCCCCCUUUCCACAGCUCCCGUGGUCCCGGCCACCAGCCAGCCCGCCUACGUCGAAUCGGGCAGCGCGGAGGGCAGCGGGGAUCCCGAGAUGGGCACCAGCGGAGACCAGGAAGGCAGUGGCGCGAGGGCCACCGGGGACGAGCAGACCGAGGAAGCAAAGGCCACGGGUACCCCGGUGAUCGAAAGAGCCACGUGCUACAACACGCCCUUGGGAUGCUGCUCGGAUGGCAAGACGCCCGCCGCCGACACCGAGGGGAGCAACUGUCCAGCAACCAAAGUGUUCCAGGGAGUUCUCAUCUUGGAAGAGGUGGAAGGCCAGGAGCUGUUUUACACGCCGGAGAUGGCUGAUCCCAAAUCAGAGCUCUUUGGGGAGACCGCCCGGAGCAUUGAGAGUGCGCUGGAUGAACUUUUCCGUAACUCUGACGUCAAGAAGGAUUUCAAGAGCAUCCGGGUGCGAGACUUGGGCCAGAGCAAUGCAGUGCGUGUCAUCGUGGAGUCCCAUUUCGACCCAGCCACCUCUUACACGGCCGGAGACAUCCAGAGGGCCCUCCUGAAGCAGAUCAAAGCCUCCAAGAAAAGGACGAUCCUGGUGAAGAGACCCCAGCAGGAGAACAUCAAAUUCAUGGACUUCGACUGGAUCCCCCAGCUCUUCACCACCACGACCACCACCAGCACCGCCACCACCGUGGCUCCCGCUGCCGCCACCACCCGCCGCUUCACCACCACGGCCGUCCCACGGGCGCUGCACCCGGGGAGGCCCAACGGCAAAGCCUCCGGGGCAGCCACCACCAAGCGGCCCGCCACCUCCGCGCCCGCCACCACGGCCCGGAAGAAGCCGCCGCGCCCACCCCCGGCCACCAAGAAGCCGGCCCGGCCCUGCGACUCCCACCCCUGCCUGCACGGCGGCACCUGUGAGGACGACGGGCAGGACUUCACCUGCAGCUGCCCGGCUGGAAAGGGCGGCGCCGUCUGCGAGAAAGCCAUCAGGUACUUCAUCCCCAGCUUCGGUGGGAAGUCCUACCUGGCGUUCAAAAUGAUGAAGGCCUACCACACGGUGCGCAUCGCCGUGGAAUUCCGGGCCUCCGACCUCAGCGGGCUGCUGCUGUACAACGGGCAGAACCGCGGCAAGGACUUCAUCUCCCUGGCACUGGUGAACGGCUUCGUGGAGCUCAGGUUCAACACCGGUUCUGGCACAGGUGUGGUCACGAGCAGGGUGCCCAUCGAGCCGGGCAGGUGGCACCAGCUGGUGGUCAACCGCAACCGGAGGAGCGGCAUGCUGUCCGUGGACGGGGAGCCCCACGUCAACGGUGAGAGCCCAAGCGGCACAGACGGGCUGAACCUCGACACCGACCUCUUUGUCGGAGGGGCGCCGGAAGACCAAAUAGCUGUGGUGGCCGAGCGCACCUCGGUCACAGCCGGCCUGAAGGGCUGCAUCCGCCUGCUGGACGUCAACAACCAGAUGUACGACCUGCGGGAGAAGGGCAGCGACGUGCUGUACGGCAGCGGCGUGGGCGAGUGCGGCCACAACCCCUGCCACCCGAACCCCUGCCACCACGGCGGCCUGUGCCGCGCCAAGGAGGCCGAGAUGUUCCACUGCGAGUGCCUGAACGGGUACACAGGGCCAACCUGCGCCGACGAGAGGAACCCCUGCGACCCCAGCCCCUGCCACAUCUCCGCCACCUGCCUGGUGCUGCCAGAAGGGGGCGCCAAGUGCGAAUGCCCCAUGGGACGGGAGGGAGAGUUCUGCGAGUCGGUCACAGAGCUGGACCAGACGGUUCCCUUCUUACCGGAGUUUAACGGAUUCUCCUACCUGGAACUGAACGGUCUGCAGACUUUUGUGCCCGACCUGCAGGACAAGAUGACCAUGGAAGUCGUGUUCCUGGCAAAGAACCCAAGUGGCACCAUCUUCUACAACGGGCAGAAGACAGACGGCAAAGGGGAUUUCAUCUCCCUGGCCCUGCACGAUGGCUAUCUGGAGUUCAGAUACGACCUGGGCAAAGGAGCCGCUGUAAUCAAGAGCAAAGAACCCAUCGCACUGAACACGUGGACAAGCGUCUUGCUGGAGAGGAACGCCCGCAAAGGGGUGAUGAGGAUCAAUCACGGCGAACGGAUCAUGGGGGAGUCCCCGAAAUCCCGUAAGCUGCCUCACACAUCGCUCAACUUGAAGGAACUCCUCUACGUCGGGGGCGCACCUGACUUCAGCAAACUGGCCCGGGCGGCGGCACUAUCCACCAACUUUGUUGGAGCCAUUCAGAAGAUCUCCAUCAAGGGCAUCCCUGUCCUGAAGGAGGCGCACAUCCGCAACGCCAUCGAGAUCUCCUCCUUCCGCUCCCACCCCUGCACGCAGAAGCCCGGCCCGUGCCAGAACGGGGCCACGUGCAGCCCCCGCCUGGAGAGCUACGAGUGCGCGUGCCAGAGGGGCUUCUUCGGGGCGCACUGCGAGAAAGUCAUCAUCGAGAAAGCGGCCGGAGACUCCGAAGCCAUCGCCUUCAACGGCAGGACCUACAUAGAGUACCACAACGCCGUCACCAAGAGCGAGAAGGCCCUGCAGUCGAACCACUUCGAGCUGAGCAUCAGGACGGAGGCCACGCAAGGCCUCCUCCUCUGGAGCGGGAAGGGCCUGGACCGCUCGGACUACAUCGCCCUGGCGAUCGUGGAUGCCCACGUGCAGAUGACCUACGACCUCGGCUCCAAGCCAGUGGUGCUGCGCUCCACCGUCCCCGUCAACACGAACCAGUGGAUCCAAAUCAAAGCCUUCAGAGUGUACCGGGAAGGGUCCCUGCAGGUCGGCAACGAGGCCCCCAUCACGGGCUCCUCCCCGCUCGGAGCGACCCAGCUGGACACGGACGGCGCCCUUUGGCUAGGCGGCCUGGAGAAGCUCAGCGUGGCCCACAAGCUGCCCAAAGCCUACAGCACCGGCUUUGUCGGCUGCAUCCGAGACGUGGUGGUCGACCGCCAGGAAGUGCAUCUGGUGGAGGACGCGUUGAACAACCCCACCAUACUGCAGUGCUCAGCCAAAUGAACCGGCCCGCCGUUCUCCCUCCUUCCCUCCCCCCCUCCCU